GCGCGUGGAGACAAUUUCAGGGUUGCGAACUCUCGGACAUACACUUGCGACCCAUAUAACUGGGGCGAAGAUGCGUGCUAUGUUCUCGCACUCACUCUGAUUUUUCUCUCUUUUAUUACUUGGGCCAACUCAAGUAUGGGGGCCUAUGAUAACACUAUUGGUGUCCUGCUCGUUGGGAUCAUCUUCAACACCUACCUGUAUGGAUUGGUUACCUUCCAGUUCAUUCGCUAUUUUCAAGCCAAAUACGACGAUGCUUGGAUCAUCAAGUUCAUGGUUCUUUUCCUCUUUGUCUUGGACACCGUUCACAGCGCCUCGGUGAUCUAUCUCGCUUGGUUUUAUACCGUCCAAAACUUCUCGAACCCAGCCGCAUUAGCGAUUGCUUUUUGGCCGUUGGUUUUCACGCCGAUUGCAACGGCGUUAGCUGCUUUCGCGACUCAGGUGUUCCUCGGCUGGCGUAUCUGGCGUUUGAGCAAAAGUACUAUCCUGUUUGGCGUUAUCCUCGCGCUUGCUAUACCCUCACUAGGGCUGGGCUUUGCGUGCGGCAUCAAAUCGUGGAUCAUCUAUUACUUAGCAGAAUUCGGGCAGAUUGAUAGUCUCGUCACGUCCUGGCUCGUAAUGCAGGUGUUCGUGGACACCAUCAUAACAACUGCGUUGACAGUCAUCCUCUCGCGCUCGCGCACGGGCUUCAGGAAGACCGACUCAGUUAUCAACCAGCUCAUCAGGGGCGCGAUCCAGACGGGGCUGUUCGCAGGCCUGUUCUCCCUCGGCGACCUCAUCACGUUCCUUCGGUGGCCUCAGACUAAUCUCUUCGGGAUGUUCGCCAUCCCCAUCGGACGCAUCUACACCAACACGUUGCUUGACACCCUGCUCUCCCGCAGAGAGCUGCGCGAACAGAUGGGUAACAACUCGGUGAACCUGGAAUCCGUGCACGCAUACACGCCCUCGCACCAGCGGGCUCCAACUUCUCAUGCACGUAGUGUGAACGUCGACAUUCUCAAGGAGGUGGAGGUGGUCACUGUGUAUGAUGGUGAGAGGGACUACACCAACGGCGACGUCAAAGGGCAGGUUUGA